AUGUCGGCAGCCAAGCUGGAAAAGAAGAUAUGGAACUUGGAGCAGCGACUGCGCGAGGAGUUCCACGUAGAAUUGCGGAGGGCAGUUGGGCACUGUGUCGCAAGAGUGCAGCAUCUGGAGGCCGAGGUGCUUCUGCUCAGAGGGGAGAAGCCCUCGAGAACAGAAGCACAAUUUGCAGCACAAGAUCAGGUUUCCGUUGAUGUCUCCGGAGAUGCCCCGCUCCCAGGAACUGUUGCUGAAAAGACACAGGAAGCGGACGUGUUGCCCGUCGCCCGGCCGUCUUGGCCUGACUGGCCGGAAUGGGAGCCUAACGAGGCAGUCGCGAAAGAUGAGUGUGUCGACUGGGUCCCAUUAGAGCCUGUGGCUUUCUUAGAGUCUACUUGGAACCUUGUAUUAGUCAUGGGCUUUACCGAUGCUGGUUGGCUGGAUAUCAUUAUUGCCUGCCUGCUCCUGAUUGCCAGCGCCGGUCUGCAAAUCGCCUUCAGCAUAAUUUUGCUGUCGCCAGAUUUCCUUGGACAGCCCUUUGAAAGCCACAUCCAGAGCGCAGAGUCAUGGAGGGUCGGUGUUGCUCAUGAUUACAGGCACAUGGAUCUGGCACAGACCAGCCUCGUCUCACGGGUGUGCAACAAGGAUCCUUCCCUUAUCGUAUCGACAAGUCAAGCGACUCUCCUUGAUCAGAUUGAUGCUUUCCUCGGCCUCCUACAGCCCUUGAACGUGAGUCUGGGAAUCCUGCUCUGCAUGCUCUGCAUCCUCCUAUGGUGCCUCUAUCUCUGCAAUGAAUUUCGAGCCAUUGGCCUGUCGCUGGAGGCGAUUCUGCAGGUUCCACGUCGUGCCUACACGACCUUCGAUCACGGUCGCUUUACGACGAUGUCCUACUGGCGCUUCGCGGGGUAUUGCUUGGCCCGACUCACUCGUGGCGUGAUCGCCGGUUUGCUGCUUUAUGCUGGAAUUCUUUGGCUGGGGAAUACCACGUCGAUCACCGAUCUCAUGCUGAACGCAGUGGCCCUCGGGGCUGUCCUGGACGUCGACGAGAUGUUUUUUGCGGCCCUGAUGCCGAAGAAGAUUCAGAUCAAGAUCCAAGACUUGGAGGCCAUCAAGAUCAACUAUACCCGCGCGAGGAGCCAAAUCGAGUCAGUGUUGCUGCUUCUUAUUAUGUGCGGGCUGAUGUUGUGGCCUUGGUUCCACUUGGUGGAGCCACUUGGCAACCACAUGCUGGAGGUGAACAGGACCUUGUGUGGCGGGAACCAAGACUUCGUUGUUGGCAUUAACUCGAAUCAGGGUAUCACGGUCGGGCGAGAGACAACGAUGUUUGGAGACGCUUCCAACUUGAGCCUGAUCGAGAUCGCAGUCAGUGACCUUGCUUUUCGGGAACUGGAGAAUGCAUCCUAUUCUUCCAGGUACAUCCUGAUGCCACAAGAGGCAACUGAUUUUGAGAACAAGCGAACUGAACUAAUGUCUGCAGCGGCGGCGCUGAUACUAGAUUGUUCUGACUUUGACCUCUAUUACGUGGAAGGGCAGCCCACGACAAACAACUACGCCCCUUACUGGUACAACACCGCACCCGGCCUCGGCUUUCCGCAGAAUAGUUCGUGUCAGGACAUGAAAGACUACUGCAACAACGAAGAUGGUGAGCUGCUGCGCUUGACUUGUGGAGUUACGUGCGGCUGCGCCGAACCAUCUACGAACCCGUGGUUCCGCGUGGUGGAGAGGGGAUGCUCCAAAAAGUGUAUUGACGAAAUGCAGGUUGUAAUCGACGAAACAAACUGCACCGAUGCUCCAGUGGAUUCUGCGUAUUGGCAGACAUUCUGGCAGGACUACCCCACAAUAAUCUCCAAUUUCCUUGGAGAGCGGAAUACGUCCAAGAUUGACGAGCUGCGAGUCUUCGCGAAUCACAUGCGGACUGAGGGGUGCUCAGCACUGGGCAACUCGAGCUAUCAGUACGAAGAGCUGACUCAGACGAGCUUCUGUGCGGGACACUCCCAGAUUUGGGCGCCCUUGAGCAUCCUCUGCCCGAACACUUGCUGUGAAGGCGAAGACGGUGAGUUUUGCCCUUCAAGCUGUCAAUGUCGGCCCGAAGGCCAAGACAACGACCAGGAUCUGCUCGACAAUAUGCCUACGGGCAAUCCGGACUUCGCGGGAAUUAUGAAUUGCCGAAUGGCAGCGGGCAACAACCUCUGCACGACCCACCCGAUCGUUCGACAGCACUGCGAGUUGAGCUGCUCCUGCGCGAGAACUGAUUAG